UAUAAAUUAUAAUGUAUAAUGUGGUCUUUGCUAUUACAAUGUAAUAAUGUUUAUGUAUUAAAUAAUCAUCUAUCAUAAUUCAUAAGUGGCAACUUUUUAAGUACUAAUUAUAAAGCAUCUUAAACGAUAUUUAUAAUAUUUUAACACGGCUGUUAGUGGAUAAUAGACAUUUAUACUUAUAAAACCCCAUUUAAAUAAUAUGAUGGACAACUCUUCUGGCAGAAACAGUUUUAAUACGAAUAAUAUGACAUGGAUUCAUUGCAAUAUGUGUUUUAGUCAGCCUAUGCCAAUAAAUGAUGACAGUAAAGUAUUUUACCUAACGAGUUGCGGUCAUAUAUUUUGUGAAAAUUGCGGCUGUUUCGCAGAUAAUACUUCAAAUAGCUGUAGAGAAUGUAAAAACGAGUGUUCAUACACUGCUCUAGGAGAUAAGACAAACAGUCAAGUAUUAGAAUACUUUCAGGAUCCUACAAAUACCUGUGAAAAAUUAUUACAAGUAAUGAAAUUUCAAAGAGCUCACAGAAAUAGAUUAGUUGGACAUCAUCAGCGUAUUUUAGCUAAAUACAACAGAGCAAAACUAUACAUUAGAAAACUAGAAAACGAAUUGAAGAUGGCAAAAAAUGCUUUUCAAACGAAUAUACAUUCAAAUUUAAAUAGUACUAAUGAGAGUAAUCCAAUUUUUCUACUUCAUUCAACACCUUUUAAGCUAAUAAACGCAGAAGCAAAACGUCGUGAAAGUACUUCCCCCAAAUUAACAUUUAAACUUACAGAUGCUAAAUACCGGUCUAACCAAAGCAAUGUAUCUGAAGUAUCAUCAGCAAAGACCGAUACAGCAAUUCCAACUCCUCGUUCUUCAUCAGCUUAUGAAAGUGCUUUUAAGGAUUGCAGUAGUAAACAAUUUCCAUUAGUGAGCAAUCUUAAUUUAAGUUCAACAAGUUCAAAGUAAUACUGUUAAUUUAAGUCGCUAUUAUAAUUUUACAUUUUGAUUGAAGAAGGUUAAAUAUUAUGUACAUUUUCAAGUUAAAAAAAUCAUUUAAUUUUUACCUUUAUAUCUAUGAAAAGUAUUCAUAAAUAUAUAAAAUAAAAAUAGCCAGUAAAUCGAUAUCAUAAAACUAUCUAAACUUAUUACAUACAUUCUGACUACAUGUGUAAGUACUAUUUCUGUUUUUGUUAACCCUUAAUCUAAUAUAAGAAAAAACCCAUUUUAUAAUUUGUUAGGAGUAAUAUCCAA